CUGGCAAACAACUUGUCUAAAUUUGGGUUCCAAGUUAAACAUCUGCAGACAGGUGAAGUCAUAAAGCUAUUAUCGGAAUAACUGCUUGUGCAGACCAAGUCCGAGAUCAGUUUGGCGAUUCCUUGGAAUCUGGAACAGCAUCGGUGGGGAAACAUACGAAGUUAAAUCGGGCUAAUCGAGGAGAAAAUUUGUCCUUUGUCCUUUGCCGUAGUUUAGUCUUGAAGGCUUGUUUUUUAAAAAAAACACAAAAACCUGUCCACGUUGCUCACGCAUGCGUCCUAACCAUUAUUUGAUCACCUGAGGCUUAUAAACAGGGUAAAGAAGUAAAGCGGAUGUAGGGAAAAUAGGGAGAUUGUUGUAGGCCGCUUUUCGCAUUACUUCCGUCAAUCUUCGAAGAAGCAAAGUACCUCCGGUACCGUUUGAUGCCCUGGGGCUUGCAAAAAGGAAGGCUUUCCUCCGGCCGAACCUUUCUUUCGUCUGCUUCAGCAGAUCGUCGUCAUGUUCAAAAAAUUAAAGCAGAAGAUCAGCGAGGAACAAACUUCGGGCCGCGGAAGUUCCGGCGGUGGCGCUUCAGGGUUUCCUCGGAGAUAUUCUGAAUCUUCUGCACUGUCAUCAUCAAUACACAGGAACAGAACAUCUCUUACAGAGCAAAAUGAUGACAAUACUUCAACUCCUAAUAGAGAGAUAAUACAUAAACAAAAUACUAGCAAUAAUGAAAGUGAAGUAUCUUCUUCAGUGGAACUUAAGAUAGAUCAAAAAACAAAGAGGCAUCUUCAGGAAGAAUUUGCUGCAUCCUUAGAGGAAAAGGACCAAAUUAUCAGCGUCCUGCAGACACAGGUAUCAUUACUGAAGCAACAAUUGCAUAGUAAUGAGAUAAACAUUGAACUACCGAUUCCAAAUGUUCAAACUCAGUCACAAGUUCAGAAUCCUGUAAAAAAUCAGAAUACGGAGAAUACUUCACAAUCAGCAGGUCCUGUUGGUAAUGAGAAUGCUGAUAAAACAAUAGAAACGCUAACUCAGCGAGUAAAACAUCAAGAAAACUUGCUUCAUCAGUGUAAAGAAAGAAUUAAAUUUCAGAAGGAGCGCUUAGCACAACUGACCAGUGAGAAAGAAGCACUGCAGGAACAACUAUAUGAGAGGCUUCAGGAGCUAGAGAAAAUAAAGGAUUGUCAUAUGGUUGAAAAGAACAAAAUCAUUACUCAGCUACGUGAAAGCAAAAACUUGAUAAAACAGUUAGAGCAAGAUAAAGGCAUGAUUAUAGCAGAAACAAAACGUCAAAUGCAUGAAACUCUGGAAUUGAAGGAGGAAGAAAUUGCCCAGUUGUAUAAUCAUAUCAAGCAGGUGGCUUUGCAGAGUGAAGAACUAAAAAAACAGAAAGAAAAAUCUGAAAAAUCUGCAUUUGAACAGCUAGAAAAGGCUUUAAGUGCAGCUCAGUUGGCUGAAGAAGCCCACAGGAAAGUGCAAGCAGAAAUGGAUGAAAAAAUGAAAGCUGUUGAAAAGGCAAAUGAAGAAGAAUGUGUGAUCCUUCAACAGGAAUUAACAAGGGUGAAGCAGGAAGUGAGAAUUCUUGAGCUGGAAAGUUCCCCUGCAAAAUGUCCACAAAAUGAUAAAAGUCAGUUAAAAGAUUUUGUCCAGACAAAAUCAGACAAAAAUGAGCACAGUAAAGUAAUAAGUACUAUGACUGAAAAACAUAGACAAGAAAUUGAAUAUUUGAAGCAGCAAGAACAGCUUGAUGUAUUUACUCAGCAGCAGCAAUCAGAAAUGGAAAAACUGAGGAAAUAUUGUGAAGAAGAAACAGCCAAGCUAUUAAAAGAAAAAGAGGCUAUAUUUCAUGCUCAUAUAGAAGAAAUGAAUGAAAAAACGUUAGAAAAGCUGGAUGUGAAACAAACACAGCUAGAAGCACUUUCAUCUGAAUUAUCAGAUGCUCUGAAUACCUGUCAAAAUCUUGAACAAUAUAUUUCUAAGUUAAAGAAGGACGCAGAUAAAGCAAAGUUGGAGUUUGAGACAAAACUUAAUCAGCAAAGGAAUAAUCAUAAGGAACAAGUUGAAGCUAUUUUUAAAGACCAGGAAGUAAUUGAGAAAUCAUUUACAGAAGAAAUAAUUCAACUAAAACAACUCUUGAAAGCAAAAGAGAAAAAUGAAGAAUUAGAACAGAAAAAAAUGAAAGAAACUCUAGAAAAAGCUGAAUCACAAUGUAAAAGAAUGUCUGCAGAAUUAGAUAAUGCAAGUAUUUAUGAAAACAAGUUUAAAAAUUUGCAAAAGAAAUUGGAAGUUAUAAAGCAUAAAAAGUCAAAACUUGAAGAAUUGGUUGUAAAAACUGAAACCCAGCUGAAUGAAGUAAAAACUGAGUUAGAUUUUCAGAUAUCCCAGGUAAAUGAUCUAAAAUGUGAAUUGGAAGAAGAAAAGAGAAAAAAUAUACAGAACACCUCAUCUCUGACAGAAAAGUAUGAAUCACAGUUAAGAAACCUUGGAGAAGAGAUCAGUCAGUUAAAAAGUCAUUGUACUGGCAAGGAAAGUGAAAUUGGACAAAUAAAGCAUUUCAUGAAGCAACAAAUUGAAAAGUAUAGGCAACUGUUAUCAACUAAAGAAGAAGAAAUUAGUGCUUUAAGAGACAAAUAUGAACGCAAAUUAAAGCAGCAAGAGACACAAGCAGAGGAAGCUAUAGAAAAAGUAAAAAAAAUGCAGGAAGAAUUUAAGCAAAAACUUUCAGAACAAGAAGCAAAAUUGAAAAAAGAGAUUGAGGGCAACCAGUUGGAUUUUUGUCAGAAAGAGAAGGAGGCUGAAGAACUUUGGGAAAAACAUGAGAUAAGAUUGCAAGAAAAAGAGCAGGAAAUAAGAGAUCUGAAAGAAAGACUGGCCACCUUUGAAACUGAAAGAGAAGGGAAUAAUGCAGAUAUUACAUGGCUAAAGGACAAAGAUACAAAGAAAGACAAAACUAUACAUGAACUUCAAGAACAACUGCAACAGACAUUAGCACAAGUGAACCUUUCAAAACAAAAAGAAAUUGAUUUAAAAAAACAACUUGUAAAAUUAGAGAACGAUCUUAAUUUUUCUUUGAAGGAGAAAAUAACAGUACAGGAACAGCUUAAUGAGAUAAUGAUAACAGAAGAAAAAAAGAAAUAUGACCUUUUGGAACUGGCAGAUAAAUUGAAAAUGUCUGAUGUGGAACUCCAUGCCUUGAAGAUGUCUCAUCUUAAAGAACAGGAGAAUUAUGGAACAAAGUUAGAAGGGGAAAGAAACGAGUUUCAGCAAAAACAAGCUGAAUUUGAAAAUUUCAAGAGAGAUACAAUUAGACAACUGGCUGAUUACCAGCAAAAAGCAGAAACUUUAUUGAAAAUAAAAGUUGGUGAACUGAUUGAACAAUGCAAUGAAAACAUUUCUUCAAUAAUAGUUAAAAUUGCUCACUGUCAGCAACAGACAAUAAAAAUUAAAGAAGGCAUAUUAAUUAAAAUCAAUCAAAUUCCAGAUCUAGAACUUCAACUUAAACAAUUAACAGAGAGUCAUGUAACUUUAAACAGUAGUUUACAGGAGUCAAAAAAGCAUUUGGAGGAAAAGGAAUGCUUAAUGAUGUCUAUGAAAGCAGACAUGGAAAAACUUCUAACUGAAAAGGAACUAUUGCAAAAAGAAAGUUACCUCCAGCAGCAAACAGCAACAGAGAAGGAAUCUUGUAUCACAGAGCUGAAGAAAGAAUUAUCUAAGCAUAGUAAUGUUGUUACUUCUAUGAGGGAGGAGAUAAAUGAGAAAAAAGCAGAAAUCACAGAUCUCAACAAGCUUAUUAGUGAAUUGAACCUCAGACUUGAAAACACCAUAUUAGAAAAAGAAACUGCCACAACAAUGUUAAACAAGCAACACAAAGAAAACGAACUGCAGUUACUGAAUGAGAUGGAAGUGCUAUCUUCCAAAGUUGAAUCAUUGAAUGAAGAUAAAGUUACUGCCCUGAAACAGGUAGACCACUGGAUGAACAAAAUGUCAGAAUGGAAGAAGAAAGCUCAGUUGAGAUUUGCACAAAAUUAUAAUACUAUUAAGGAAUUACAAAGUAAGAUUGAACUGAUUAAUAACCAAGUCAGUGAAAAAGAAGAAGAAUUGAUUAGAAGAAAGGAAGAGCAUGAUAAACAAACCAAACAAUUAGAACAUUUAAAAAGCUUAAUGGAACAAAAGCACGUCAGAAAAGAAAAACAGGAAUCUGAUUUGGUUGGUGAGAUAAAAAUCCAUUCAGCGAGAAUUGCUGAAUUAGAAGAGCAUAUUGCUCGGAAAACAAUGGAAAAUGAUUAUUUAAUGGAAGAAUGUAAAAAGUAUCGUGAACAAAACAGUGAGCAAAUAGAAAUGGCACAACAACUCCAACAGGCUCAGGGAGUAAUAAUGGACAAGGAUGACAAGCUGAAGGAGAUGGAACAAAAAGUCCUAUCUUUUGAGAAGCAAAUGCAAGUUAUGGAAACUGACCUAGAAGAAAAAUCAAAAGAAUUUGAAGGAAUAAAACUGGCUCUAUUGAAAACUAAAGAGGAAGAAUUAAAGGCUCUAGAAGAAAGGCUUAUUUCAGAAACAACUUCUAAAAUAGCAGAUCUGAAAAAAAAGGCUGAACACAAAAUUGCUUCUUUUAAAAGGCAGUUGACGAUUCAGAUGGAAGAGAAAGAACAACAAAAUAAGCUACAGAAAAAAUUGCAAGAAAAAGAAAAGAAAAUCAUGUCUUUAGAUUUAGAAAAAGAGUUGAUACAGAAAGCAGAAACAAUAAAAGUUUCUGCAGAACAAGAUGAAGUCCAUGCUUUAGAGAAUAUGCAACAGAUGUAUGAUUUAAAAAUUGAUAUUUUAAGAAAGGAUUUAUUGAAUAAGGAGAGAUUACUUGAGAAGUAUAAUGAAGAAACAAAUAUUUGUAAUAUUUCAAAAAUGGAGACUCAGGAUCAGCAAGAACUUCUUAAAAGAGCUCAAGAAGAUAAAAAUAAAAUUGAAAAUCUUCAAAGAGAACUUGAGGAACAAAUCAAGAAACAGGCUUCAUUACUUAAACAAUAUACCAAGUAUGAGAGUGAAUUAACAAAUAUCAAAGUAGAAUUGAAAAACAAAGAAGUAAAUCAACAAAAUAUGGAAAUUGCAUUUAAAGACUUAGAAAAAAAACUUCAAGAAAAGGAGGAGGAAGAACAAUCUUUACAACAAAAGAUAUACUGUUUUGGUGAAGAUUUUAUGAAAGAGAGACAAGACAGGAUUGAGGUGAAAAAUAGGAUUACAGAAUAUGAUGAGAAAUUAAACAGACUGCAAGAGCAGGUAGAUGAAAGAAGUGGCCUUAUAAAAAUUCUGGAAGGAAAUAUAGAAGAAAAGACUAAAUCAGUCUUUGAACUUCAGAAGAUGGUUGAUAAGAUGCAGAUGCAACAGAAAGAUUUCCAAACUACAUUGAAACAUACAGAGCAAGAGAAACAGGAACAGCACAGAAAUGUGAUUAAGCUUCAGAAGGAUUUGCGAACCUUGCGGAAAGAACAUCAGGAAGAACUGGAAAUUAUGAAGAAAGAAUGUAGAGAAGAAAUGGAACAAAAAAUAAAAUAUGAACAGGAAGACAUUGAAUUGAAACACAAUUCCACAUUAAAGCAGCUAAUGAGGGAAUUCAAUACCCAACUGGCACAAAAGGACCAGGAAUUAGAAAUGGCUAUAAAAGAAACUAUCAGUAAAGCCCAGGAAGUGGAAUCUGAAUUGAUAGAAAGUCACCAAACAGAGACAGUUCAAUUGCAUAAAAAGAUUUCAGAAAAGGAUGAUGAUCUACAAAGGACAGUGAAAAAGUAUGAAGAAAUACUUGAGGCCAGAGAAGAAGAAAUGACCAAAAAAGUAAAUAAAUUGGAGGACCAUCUGGUGCAAUUACAAGAAGACUACAAAAAAAGAUUGGCAUAUGAAGAAAGUUGGAAUGGUGAUAAAGAAAAAAUAGCACAACUUCAGGCUCAGUUAGCCCAAAAGACAACACUGGUUAAUGAUUCAAAGUUGAAAGAACAGGAGUUCAGAGAACAGAUUCACACACUACAAGAUAAGUUGAAAAAUUAUGAGAAGGCUGUAUAUGUCACAACAGUUAAAACACCUUAUAGAGAUGGGAAUCUUUGUCAUUCGGAUGUAUCUGUUUUUGGUGAACCAACUGAGUUUGAGUACUUGAGGAAAGUAAUUUUCGAAUAUAUGAUGGGCCGUGAAACAAAGACAAUGGCAAAGGUUAUAACUUCAGUGCUGAAAUUUCCUCCUGAUCAAACUCAGAAGAUCUUAGAACAAGAAAAUGCUCGGACACUGUUCACUUCAACUCCAGUGGUCUCUUCUGAAUAAAUCAUCAAUCAGUACUUUAGUUAGUAUGUAGCUCUGGUUUUGACCCUCAUGUUGAAGAACUUGCAAUGUAUGUACUUUAUAACAGAUUACACAACUUUGAAAUCAGAUCAUAUCCUCAAAUUGGCUCUUUGAAGCAUGGAGCAGACAGAAUAGUUAUUCAGGUUUCACCUGAGAAAAACACAGCAAGGAAGGACAGAUUGACAAUUGGGACUAUAAAUAUGGUUAAUUUUUUGCCUUUAAGAAAGAUUGUUCAUCAAGUGCUGUGUGUUUCAUUUAGAUACAAUUUUCAGUUUAGCUUUAUAGUUUUUUUAAAAGGAAUUGAAGUAUUUUCCUCCAAAAAAAAUUUCUUUCACAAAAAUGAAUGAUUCUAUUUAUUUUAUUGUGGGUUUUGUUUCAUAUAUUGCAAAAUUAUUUCAGACAAUAUGUAAUACAAACUGAAUGGGAGUUGGCUAGCUAUUUUCUUUCUAUUGAUUGUUUAUUGAAGGCCAUUAUUUUUAAGCUUUUGCUUAUAAUGAAUCCAGAAUGAAAGACUUCAUUUAUUAAUAUAUAGCUUUUGUACUAUAUUUUGGGAGAAAUACAUUUACACGCCUAUAAUUUGUAAACUAUUUACUUUUAUUAUAAGUUGAUCUCUGAUUGUUGGCAAUACUAAUCUUGCAGAGCUGGAAGAAAAUAAAACUUUAUUUACCGUACAGUGUUGCAGCCUGCUGUCCUUUUCAAAAAGUCAGGGCUUGAUUAUUAAUCGAUUUGAUCAUGUGCAAAGGCAUAAGAUUUUGCUUUUAAAUGUAUCUAAUGGGAAGGAUGCUUUUUCUAGAUAUAGAUAUGAACAACACAGUUCCUUGGCUGACCCACAAUAGAAUGCAUUAAAGUAGGAUAUCUGUUAGGUUGGGGCAAUUAUUUGAUCAUUGGAUAGUUACUGAAUUGAAUAUCAGUAACUGAUGUUUGCAAUGAGUAAUUCAGACCAUACUUCUCACAUCAUAGGAAAUAAAACCAGCAAUCCCUCAAUUCCUCUUCAGAAUUGUAAUUCUGAACUUGAUCUUGAAUUGCAGAGCACAAAAUAUUUCUUAGGUUGAAAAAAUAUCUUGAUCUGUGAAACUUGCUACAUAUCUUCAUAUCAGUUGAUAUUUUAAAUGCAUUUUCAGUUUAGCUUUUAACUUGUUGCUUUAUUUGGAUUUCUCCUCCUACUGUUCCCACUCCCCCCUUGAUGCACCAAAAUAAUAUUAAAUAUUAUUACAUUAUUUUAAUACUAAUUACAGGGAAGCUGUAUGCAAACUACACAAUAGGGAUGUAAAAAAAUUAAUGCAGAAAAUUUAAAACUUUGAUGUUACAUAUACUGACAGCAUCAAGAACACCCUAUGCACAAAAAUGGAAGGAUACUUUGAUUCCCACAAUGGACGAAUGGCUGCAAAAGUUGAUAAUUUUGCAGAGAUGACUAAACUGACUGCUUUGAUUAAAGAAAAGAAUACAAUUAGUUUUGUUUAUACUUGGAAACUGCUUCUGGAUUUAAGAAGCUUCUGGAUUAAGAUGAAAAAAGCAUGGAAUUUUGAUUUAGGGAUUAGAUAGUUUGUGUUAUGAAAAUGACUACCGGUAAUAUAUAUUACUAUGCAAAAGUAAAAAACUGAGGUUGUAUGUUAUUACCUUAUUCUACUGCACCAAAAAGAAUUAGAAGUCAAUAUAUCUCUUUAUCCUUUUACCCUACACUUUUUCCAAUUCCCCUUCCCUCUUUUCCUAUUAUUCUCAUUUUUCUUAGUAUUUUGUAUUUUAUAUUUUGAUAAACUAAUUUUAUCACAAAAAAUAAUGAAAGCAUCUGAAAAAGAAUGGGACAGAUACAUUAUUUUAAAAUAUCAAGCAUUUUUUAAUAUGAGGAUUUAUUCAAAAGUAUUCUGACGGAAAGUGAAGGCAGGUAUUUACUUUGGCUGAUUUUAAAUACUGACUAAAAUUAAGAUAUCUGAGUAUGUUUGUACUAUGGGAUCUCCAUAACUUUUCAGACAGUCCCUUUGGCAUGUAUAAAUGGAGUGUUACAGAAAAGAAUGAGUUUUGACUAAGAGAUUUCUAAUUUUGUGUGCUAUGUAUAUUAGUAUCGCUUGAUUACUUGAUGAACAAUUUUAAAGCAGAAGUUAGUUCAAAAUGAGUAUCAAUCCCCAUAUUUUUUAAAGAGCUCAUUCAGGUCAUAUGAAAAGAAUAUUCUGCAUCUAAAGAUCUUCCAAGGAAAAUUCCUGAAAUAAAAAGAGCCUUACCCUGGGAUUAUCACAUUAAUGGUAAGUGGGAGGUAUAUGAAUUGCCUUCUAAUCUCUCAUUUUGUGUCUCGAUCCAUCCAUCCAUCCAUCCAUCUUUAUUAUUUAAUUCAGUAUACAUAAAUUUACAUCCCACAGUUUACCUUAAAUACUUAUUUGAAUUUAAAACAUUAUGACAAUCUACAAUGCAAAUCAUUACUGUUUAUGAAUACUUCAAACAAGUAAUUAAUUAAAGUUAACACUUGGAAGCAAAAAAACAAUGAAGGGCUAGUUCAUCAGAAGGAAAUGUUUGAUAAAUUCCUUGCUGUAGUGUUCAAAACUAUUGUACGAUGGCUCUUUUUAUAUUUACAGUAUCAUCAUCAGAGCUGCUGAAUAAUCAUAUUAAAAUAAAAGAAUGAGCUAGAUAAUCAUAUUAAAGUAGAAGACUAAACAAAAUUCUAGUGAUGCCUAUAUUGCUAUGAAAUUUAUUCAUCAACAUUUGCAAGGUAAUGCUUUGAACUGAACCAUAUUGAAUGAACGUUGGGGGGAAAUCCCAUGAGCCAGUAAUAUAGAAAGAGGAUCUUAAGGUAAGAUCAGAAAAUAAUUGACUAUCAGAAAAAGGUUUGGCUGCUUUAAAAAAAAAAGACCCUAAUAUCUGGAGAGAAUGUGACGAUUUCACCAGGGCCAGCCAAUAGCUAAUAGGUUCUGGGAUUUGAAGAAAAUAGGGUCAAACUAGGAUGAACAUCAAAAUAUAAAUAUAAAACUUAUAACAAAAUAUAAGUAUAAAACAUUUUAUUAAAUAUAAAUUAAGAUAGAUUCAUGAGACUUUUUUGAUUCUCACAAUUUUGGGUCCUCUACCAGGGAGUUUGAGAGUUCUGCACAGUAUCUUAACUUUUUCUAGCACUUCUGGACAGAGAACUCUGAUGUUAUUUCUGAGAUCUGUUGAGCCAUUCUCCCACCCUAAGAGUCACAGCCCCAUGCCCUCCUACCACCAUUGGAACCAUUGUGGUCAUUAUUUUCCAUAUCACCCUUUACCCAAAUUCUUUAAUAGUACUUUUGGUAAUGUGUUUAUAUUGUUCCACUAUGUUGUAAACUACUCACUCACAUAGAAUACAUCUCUCAGUUCUGGAAUUAACUGCCUGCUUGUGUAGCACUUCCCCAGGUCUUCAAGUCUAUAUGAAAGUUUAAAAUGUCUGGGGCUUUUGAUGAAAUUUCCAUCAAAUUUGUGGGCAGAUAAAAUUGGACGAAGAGUCUCUCUUAAUUUCAUCCUAAACUUCUCCAGCUAUUUCUUCAAGAAGAAGAAAAGUUUUUAACAAUAAUUCUAUUCAAAAACCCUAGCAGAAAGAAUUUCCUCAGGAUAUCUUCUCGAGUGUUGAUUCAAGCCAAGAAGGCUGAAGAUGAUGGGAGAAAGGAUUGAAUGGUGACAGGCAAGAAAGUCACAUAAAUUAUGGUUUUACUGUAACACAGAGAAGCCUACAUGUCAAUAUGAGCAUUUUUCUCUUCUCUUUUGAAAGGAUUUCUAAAGCAAAUUCAUCUUGACAUGAGAAGAAGUAGUAGGAAAAUAUUCUAUUAGUCUAUUUCAGUGAAGAUCUCACUUGGAAAAUCAACACAACCCAGGUGGCUAGAAAGGCCCAACAGAGACUCCACUUCCUUAGAGUCUUGGGAAAAAACAAAGUGGAACAGCAAUCAAUUACCUCCUUUUACCAGACCACCAUAAAAAGCAUCUUCACUCUGCAUUACAGUGUGGUAUGCUGGCUUGACAUCCACGGACAGAAAAACAUUACAGAGGAUGGUUAGCACAGUACGAAACAUCAGCUGUGCCCGAUACCACUAGAUGACAUUGCUAGGGCUCGCUCCCUUAGAAGAGUGAAGAAAAUCCUCAGGGACAACUCAUACCCUGAUUGGCACUUCUUUGCUCUUCUAUCAUCAAGAAGUGUAAGGACCAGCUUCUCUCCCCCUCCUUCCAAAAAAGUAUGAACUCUUGAGAACAUUGUAUUUCAAAUGGAACCUUUUAUUGAAAGGGAUGAAAGCAAGUCAAAACUCCAAUGUGAACAGGCAAUUUAUGACAAAACAACUGCAGAUAAUGGAUUUUGGGGAGAUAUUUAUAAAUACUAUAAAACCAAUUUAUGAUAGACAAUCAGCUAAGAUAAUGAUGAAUGGAGAAAUGACAGAAAAUGUUAAUAUAACAAAGGGUAUAAGACAAGGAUGUCCUUUAUCUACAUAGCGAGAGCUUGAGAAGGAUUCCAUGGAUGAGAAUCCUCAAGGGGAAAACAACUCAAGAAGCUUGGAAAAUUUUGAAAAGUGAGAUUAUAAAAGCCCAGUCUAGCAUACUACCAACAAAGAAGAAAAAUAAUAGAUCUCAAAAGCAACCAGCAUGGAUGCAUAAAGAACUAUCUGACAAAUUAAAAGACAAAAAGGACAAGUAUAAAAAGUGGAAAGGGGGGCAAAUAACUAAGGCAGAAUAUCAGCAAAUAGGCCGAGCCUGUAAAGAUGAAGUGAGGAAAGCUAAGGCUCACAAUGAACAAAGGCUAGCAACAAAAGUAAAACAUAACAAAACAAGCUUCUUCCAACAUGUUAAAAACAAGAAAAAAGUCAAGGAAAAUUGGCCCAUUGCUGGGAAAAAGUGGCAAGAAGGUGACACGCAAGAGGGAGAAAGCAGAUCUACUUAACUCUUUUUUGCAUCUGUCUUUACACAAAAGGAAAAAACAAUCCAACCUAUCAAAAACAGCACCACAAAAAACAGAUUAGGAACGCAAGUUAAAAUAGGGGAAAAAAUGAUAAGUGAACACCUGUCUACCCUAGAUGAGUUCAAAUCACUGGGACCAGAUGGAUUACACCCCAAGAUUCUGAAGGAACUGACGGACAAGAUCUCAGAACCACUGAACUAUAUCUUUCAAAGAUCCUGGAGCACAGGGGAACUGCCAGAGGACUGGAAAAAAGCUGAUGUAGUUCCCAUCUUCAAAAAAGGAAAAAAAAUAGAUCCAGGAAACUACAGAGCUAUCAGCCUGACCCCAAUACCAGGGAAGAUUCUGGAAAAGAUAAUCAAGCAACAAAUCACCGAACACCUAGAAGCAAAUAAAGUAAUAAUCAAAAGCCAACAAGGGUGUGUCAAAAACAGAUCAUGCUAGACUAAUCUUAUUGCAUUUUUUGACAGUGACAAAAUUAGUGGACCAGAUGAAUGCUGUCGAUAUAAUUUACUUGGACUUCAGUAAAACAUUUGAUAAAGUAGACCAUAACCUACUACUAGAUAAAGUAGAAAAGUGUGGGUUAGACAACACCACCUCCAGAUGGAUUCAUAACCGGCUGACCAACCGCACUCAACGUGUAGUCCUCAAUGGAACUAUAUCCACAUGGAGGGAAGUAUGCAGUGGAGUAUCCCAAGGCUCUGUUUUAGUCCCAGUAUGCUUCAACAUCUUCAUCAAUGACUUGGACAAGGAGAUAGAUGGGGAACUCAUCAAAUUUGCAGAUGACACCAAACUGGCAGGAAUAGCCAACACUCCAGAAGAUAGGCUCAAGAUACAGAAGGAUCUUGACAGACUUAAACAUUGGACGCUAUCUAACAAAAUGAAAUUCAACAGUGAAAAAAGUAAGGUUCUAUAGGCAAAGAAAAACAAAAAACAAAAUGCACAGGUACUGGAUAUAUGGUACCUUGCUCAAUAGUAGCAACUGUGAGAAGGAUCUUGGAGUCCUAGUGGACAACCAUUUAGAUAUGAGCCAGCAGUGUGCAGCAGCUGCCAAAAAAGCCAACACAGUUCUGGGCUGCAUAAAAAGAGGGAUAGAAUCAAGAAUAUGUGAAGUGUUAAUACCACUUUAUAAUGCCUUGGUAAGGCCACAUUUGGAAUAUUGCAUUCAAUUUUGGUCGCCACGAUGUAAAAAAGAUGUUGAGACUCUAGAAAGAGUGCAGAGAAAGAGCAACAAAGAUGAUUAGGGGACUGGAGGGUAAAAUAUAUGAAGAAGGGUUGCAGGAACUGGAUAUGUCUAGUUUAAUGAAAAGAAGUACUAGGGGAGACAUGAUAGCGUUCCAAUAUCUCAGGGGUUGCCACAAAGAAGAGGGAGUCAAACUAUUCUCCAAAGCACCUGAGAGUAGAACAAGAAGCAAUGGGUGGAAUCAAGGAGAGAAGCAACUUAGAACUAAGGAGAAAUUUCUUGACAGUUAGAACAAUUAAUGGAACAACUUGCCUGCAGAAGUUCUGAAUGCUCCAACACUGAAAUUUUUUUAGAAAAAGUUGGACAACCAUUUGUCUGAAAUGGUGUAGGGUUUCCUGCCUGGGCAGGGGGUUGGACUAGAAGACCUCCAAGGUCCCUUUCAACUCUGUUGUUGUUGUUGUUGUUAUUACAUUGUUAUAUAUUUUGACCUUAGAAGUAGAAAUAUUAGGUGGGAUGAAGAGAUAAAAGUGAUGAAAAUUAAAAGAGUAUAAAUUGCAAGCUUUUGCUGAUUCAUUUUGGAAGAACCUCAAAUAACGAGCCCCAAAUUACUAGAACAAAUAGAGAGUUAUGAAAAGUUGUCUGGCCUAAAAAUAAACAAAGAAAAAAUGAAAAUAUUGGUGAAAAGUAUUACAGAAAAACAAAAAAGAGAGAUAAAGGAGAAAUUAGAUAUACAAAUUGUGAAAACAGUCAAAUACCUAGGAUUAUAUUUAAUAUCAAGAUAAAAGAGGAUAACUAUUAUAAAUUAAAAGAACAAAUUGAGAAAGACUUGGAGAAAUGGAAAAAUGUACAACUGUCAUUUAUGGGAAGGAUUGCAAUAAUCAAGACGAAUAUAUUGCCAAAACUAUUAUUUUUAUUUCAGACAGUACCAAUAAAAAUUGAAAAGACUUAUUUUCAACAUCUUAACAAGAUAAUAAGGAAAUUUAUAAGGCAAGAGGAAAAAGAGCAAGAAUAAGCAUAAGAAUGUAACAAGAUGCAAGGUUACAUAGAGGAUUUGAACUGCCGAACUGGGAACUAUACUACCAGGAAGCCGCAUUGACUUGGAUGAAGGAAUGGGUUAAAUUAAGAAAUACAAGAUUAUUAACUUUGGAAGGACAUGAUUUACAAUUGGGAUGGCAUGCAUUCUUAUGGUAUGGUAUAAAAAAGAUGCAUAUGUACUUUCACAGACAUUAUAUAAGAAAUGCAUUGUUAUUGGUAUGGGAGAAGGUUAGAGGCAAAUACUAUUUGAAAAUACCAACAUGGUUAUCAUUAUUGAUUUCAUGUAAUAUUCUAAUUUUCUGAGAUUGUGAAUUUGGGGUUUUCAUGAGCUGUCAGCCAUAAUCAUCAAAAUUAUGACAAAUCAAGAACUAUGCAUCGCUUUGCAUGUAAUGAAUCUAUCUCAUAUAUUGGUUUCACCUUUUAAGUUGCAUUACUGAAAUAAAUGAACUUUUGCAUGAUUUUCUAAUUUUUUUGAGUUUCACUUGUAAAGACAAUCAAUAUAAAAUGUUUUAUAGAUGGCACAUGCCCCCUGAGAAACUGGCAAAAAUGUUUAAAGAUAAAUUAGCUAAAUGUUGGAAAUGUCACCAGUUACCAGGAUCUUAUUAUCAUAUGUGAUGGACAUGUUUAGAAGCUAAAAAUAUUGGAAUAAAAUUAAGACAUGGCUAGAAGAAAUGACACAACAACAUACUGAUUUAAAACCAGAGCUGUUCCUAUUGGCUUUCCUUCCACAGAAAAUUAGUAAAGAAAAUAUAUAUUUGAUUAUGCGCAAAAUUGGAAAGCAGAGAAAAUACCUUUGGAAGGGGAAGCAAUUAAGAAAAUUUUAGACUGCAGAAAUGAAUAGAUUAACUUUGAAAAUUAAAGAGAGGAUUCAGAAUAUUUUAAGAUAUGGGGUCUAUUUUACCAUAAGCUAGAAAAGAGAUAUAGAUAAAUAAAUUAAUAGUUAUGUAAGAGAAUGGUAUAAAUAAUUACAUAUAUAUACAAUACAUAUAAUAAUAUGUAAUAAUAUGUAAUAAUACAAUAUAUAAUAUUGUAUUUCUGGAGAGAUGUUGUAACAGAUUAAGUGAAAAUAAAGAUAGAAGAAACAACAAGACAAAGCCACCUAAGAAACACCAAGAUGACACAUGGAAGGAUUGAUUGAUGUAUUAAGUGUUCAUUUAUGUAUAAAAUAAAAUUAAAAUUAAAAAAAAAAAGAAAGCAAGUCAAAACUCAAAGUACAGGUUCUGGGAUUCCUCAAGGCAUGCAGUUCAGGAUAAAGGAAAUUAGGAAUCCCCUCCCAAUUUUCCGAUGUGGAUUCCGACCAAUCCGUUGGUGUGAAGAUGAAUUGCACCAGCCUCUCUGAGAAACAGAUAUGAAGGGCUUCUCAAGGUCAUCCUACAAUCCACUCGUUCCCCCCCCCUUUCAUUUCCCGAGGUGUGAGAAUUCUCUAGGCAUUCCUGGUGCCAGGCAACAGUUAUAAAUCACGUUAAAGUUUAUACAAAGGGGACCAGGCAAGAAAUUGGGUACUUUCCUCGCUGGGCACCUAAUCAAGGCGCUCCGUGCUGAAAUCUCAUAAAAGCUGGCGAAACAGCAAAAAUCAGCUGUUCGUCGGCUUCAACUUCUCUCCCUGGGAGAAAGGGAGAGGAUAGAGUGGCGGGAGAGUGGUAGAUCUACCCAGGGGCUUGGCUUUGUUAAGCAGAGCCCCGGAGGGUUGAGUCCCACUGAAAUCCUGCCGAGCUCCGAACUUCAGCACGCUCCUGCAGAAGCAGGAAAAGAAGAAAGUGUCCAUCUCUGCCCAAUUGAUUUUUUCUAUGGAUUUCUACAUGCAGACGAAAUAAACGUGAGUGAACAAUUAUUGGAUUGCAAGUAUUUUUGACUUCCUGACUUCUACCCUUUAAAAAGUGAAAAAAAUUUUUUUUCCUUAACUGACUGUUUAAAAUGGCGUCUGAGAGGAAGUGAAAGUGAAGUGAAGUGAAAGUGGAAGCUGGCUGUGUAACUAAGAAAGGUUAUUUGUGGAUUACAACGAAUUGAGCUCUCCUAUACUUAAAGGGGAAAAGAAAAGUUUUAAAGUUAAAUUUUGUGACUUUUAAAAACUGAAAUGGCUACUAAACCAUCUAAGACUGCUGGCAGAAGGGGAUCUGAAGUAGCUUUGGAAGAUACGCUUAAAGAGCAAGGGAAAAUGUUUGAAGAGAGGUUUAAGGAGUUGAUGGAAAAUUAUGAGAAAGUAAGAGAAGAAAUGAAAGAGAAGAAAUAAAAAAAUUAAAAAAGAUAUUUCAAUGGCUUUUCAAGGUUUGGCAAAAAGAUUGGAGGGGUUGGAGGAGGAGGUGCAAGAAAUUGCCCAGUCAAACCAGCAAUUAGAAAAUAAAAUGGGAGGAAUGCAAAUAAAAUUGGAUAAAAAUGAAGAUCAGGUGGUGGUGAUGCAGUAUAGGAUGAUGGAAGGAGCUCUGAGAAUUAGGGGGUUACAAGAGGAAAAAGGUGAAGAUUUAAAGAAAAUUUUAUCAGAAGCCUUGGCCGAACUUAUUGAAUCUGACCCACAAGAGGUUGCUUAUCAAAUUGAUAAAAUAUACAGAGUUAAUUCUUGGAUUGCUAGGCAGAAGAAACUCCCUAGAGACAUUGUGGUUUACUUUGUGAAAAGAACAAUGAGAAACCGGAUCUUGCAAGUUGCAUGUCAGAAAAAGUUGAAAAUAGGAGAUCAGGAGUUGAAGGUUUUGAAAGAGAUUCCUCCCAAAAUGCUAAGGGACAGGAAAGACUUUAUAUUUUUUACAUAAGAACUUAAAAAGUACCAGAUUCAAUUUAGAUGGGAAGUUCCAAUUGGUUUGACAGUGUAUUAUUAAGGAAGAAGAUAUCAUAUUGAUACUGUGCUUAAGGCCAAAGAUUUUCUUUCUACUGUGCUGAAAGUUGAAAUAGAAAUAAUAGAAAAAAGAAUUCAAGAGACUCAAAUGGGUGUGGAAGCUGAGGUGAUUCCAGUGAUGUUACCAUCUGAGGAACAACCACAAGAACAAAGAGUGAUAAGGGGAGCCCUCAGCGUAAAGAAAAAGAGCAACAAACUCAAAGUAAAGCUCAGGAUCUUCCUACAGAAGCAGUGGGAGGAGCAAGGCCAAAGAUACGGGAGGAGGAUCUUCAGCUGAUUGCUCAAAAGCUUCAGGAGGCCAGUAAUGGCAAAUAAAAUUCUGACCUGGAAUGUCA